AUGGCCUGCGACCCACUGUCGUCGUUUGGCGGAGGGUGCGAGCUCUCGGACGUGGCGAUGGCUCCUGCGACGGCCAUUCCGCGCGAUGUAUGGACUGUCGCUCAAUCUUUUCUCCCGCGUCUCGACCGGAUCCAAAUAAGCCGCCCCGCGCCUUCCCCAGGUGUUGCCUUCCCCGGCCACGACCGCCCCCGUCCCGCGCAACAGCACGAGUUAGGGCUAUCCGCGUCCGCGCCGCACGGCUCUCUUCCGUUGAGGCUGCAGUGCUCGUGGAUGUGGGAGCAGCCGCUUCAGUUAAGUCAACCGAGUCAACGGAGUCAACCGCGUCAACUGGUCGUUUUGAAUCAGUCCACAGACGAACCGCCACUUGCGGUCCUCACGCAUAAAAAGGGAGCUCAACAUGCCGCAUCGUCACUCCCCUCGAGCCACUCACCAACGGCCUUGGCGCUCUCGUCGCAGCGCGCAUUCGCCCAAGAAGACUGGGGGCAGGCCGUGCAUUCGCCACUCAAGAAGCCACGUGGCAGUCCCGAGGCGAUUGGGCGGCAGGCGGUGGCUCUAGCGGUCAGCGAACGGGAGGAGGAGAUUUUCCAGAGGCGGCGCGAGCAGCGGCUGCGGAUUCUGGGCGGCUUGAGACACGCGCUCGAUGAACCAGCGGCGGCUUGCGCGGCUGCCGCUGCCGGCCUCGACGGGCAAAGCCCGCUGUUCGUGCUCCGCCAGGGUCCGUUCAGUUGCCGAAUAUCAAGUCGUGCUUGUAACGCGGAAAAGGCUGGUAGUCAGGGGGCUGUGACUGAAAUGAGAGAACGGGGAGUCGCGACAGGAGGGGGCGCGGUUGAGGGGGCCGACACAACCGCCGCCAGAUUCGCACCCGGAGUGUGGGGCGAGGCAGGCGCAAACGACGGUGGCGGUGGGCUAGGAAGGCGGAGCGACGAGGUGUGCAAUGGGGCUGGCGCAUUGGCGGAGCCGCGAACACUGGGGGCGACAUUGGCGGUGGAACUCCGCUCGACGAUGCGCGUGGAGGUUACUAGUCCGCACGCCGCCGCGCUCGCCUCGCUCGAUGCGCGCAAGGCCCUCCCGUUUCUCGCUGCGCCGUUUGCGCCGCUUCCGGCGGGCUGGAAGCAGCAACGGCGCGUGCGAGCGCGCUCUGCCUUUGAAAGCCGCGACCUGAUGGGCGGAGGGGGGGAAGGCUUCCCCGGCUCCCCGGCGCACGCGGAGCUGCUCGCGGAAGGCGCGUUGCGCUCGCCCGCACUGGCGCGGGAAGCUGCGGAAUGCGGGAAGCGCGCGCAGAAACGGCGGAAUAGCAGCGAAUGGGAGCUGUACGCGGGCGGGGAAGAGGCGCGCGGGGAAUGGGGGCGCGGGGAAACGGGCGGGCCGGCGGACGCCGGGCGCGGCGGAAGGAGUAGCAGGGGCGGAGAUUCGAGCGUAGAGACUCGGCGGGAUGGCACUGGGCAAGGGGAGGGGGGAGGGGAGGCGGAACGAGGAGGGCAGCACGAGGUGGAGUCGAGGGGAGGAGCGCGGAAGGAAAUGGAGAAGGAGGGAGCGAGGGAAGAGGAAUGGGAGUGGGAACGAGCCGAGGCAGAGCAGCAGCAGCUAGAGCAGCAGAAGGGGCAGGGGAGGGAGCAGCAGCAGUGGUGGCAGCAGGGGGGAGCGCGGAAGCAGCGUGCGAUGGAGGGGCUGGUUGAGGAGGGUGUGAGGGCGCCUCUUGUCCCAUACCUGCGCUCCGCUAGCCAAUCGCACGCGUGCUCGCCCCUCAUUCUGACUCCCUUCUCGGCUCCACAUACUCGUGAUAGGUUGCUGGGUGGUUCUGGAGGGAGGUUGGGUGCUGCUGCGGGCCCUGCUGCUGCUGCUCCUGCUGCUGCCGCCCACCGCAGGGCAGCCAGCUCUGUGCCCAUUCUGGGCGGCACGCUGGCGGUGAACAGAGUUGGCCAGGUGGACAGUGAGAGUGGAGGCGUUUUUUCUUCUUCUGGUGUGGCUGGGGGUGCUGCUGAAUUCCCUCUGUGGGUGCGGAACAGUGAAGCGGAAUCGUAUCUGCACUCUGCCGCCCAACCAGUGCUGCUGUCUGAGAGUAUGGGGGAGUUAUAA